CUUCAGCCCUCUUUACAAUUUCAUGACUGGGUCUCCUUAGCCAAUUCCACCUUCCCUCUUUUUAUGUUUUAAAUCAAGUAUUCUCUGAAGUGCCUCCGCAGGCUGAGGUCCAAACUCUGCUGACUCAGGUGCAUGAUACCUGUUCUCCUUUUGAAGUCUUACUUCCCAGAGGUCAGAUUUAGAGGCUUCAGCCUACUGGGUUUUGUUUUAUAAAAAACAAGAUUGGUUCUGGGAAAAGGCAGCCUUAUGAAGGAGUGGAGAGGCUGGUGGCCUGUUGGUUUCCUUCCGCUUCAUUCUCAAAACCUCAGUUAUUUCACAUCCUGUCCCCAGGCAGUAGUGGACGACCAUUUACGUGAUCUGGUCUACUUCAUUCCAGCAGAAUGCAACCUUCGCUUCUGACAUUUUUGCUGCUUCUAGUUCUGCCUGGCAGGAAAACAGCAAAUAUCUCAAAGUCAGUAGUGACCCUUCACCCACCAUGGUUCAGGGUGCUCAUCAAUGAUCUUGUCACUCUGAGGUGUGAAGGGCCUGGUGCCUCUGAAGACAACUCCAUCCUUUGGUUUCACAAUGACACGAUUAUUCCAGUCCAAAUCCAGGACUAUAACAUCACAGCCGACAAUAUCACAUACAGUGGGAAGUACCAAUGUCAGAUAGGCCAGUUGGCCCUCAGUGAUCCUGUGACGCUAGAAGUCUUCCAAGACUGGCUGCUGCUCCAAACCUUGAAACUGGUUUAUAUGAAAGGGGAGCCCAUGGUGCUGAGAUGUCACAGCUGGGAAAACAGAGUCAUCUCUAAAAUCACAUUCUUUCAAAAUGGCAAAUGGAGGAAAUAUUCUUCCCGUGAUUCCAACUUUACCAUCAAUCAAGUGAAUUAUAAUGACAGCGGAAAUUACUUCUGUUCAGCGAACAUAGGAAAUAGGAGAGAGGAGUCAAAAAUCGUGAAAAUUACUGUCCAAGGUACAAAUGUAACUCCACAUCCAUCCACUUCCUCAUCUUCUAAAAUCUGGUACUACAUCCUUUUCUACCUUGUGAUGGGAAUUCUGUUUGCAGUGGACACCGGUUUAUACUUCACACUUAAAACAGAGAUCAAUAGCCUAGAGAAGAACAUAAUGUACCUUGUAAGCAAAUGGAGUUAGCCAGCUGAUGGCUGGCUCAUCAACCAGUGGAAUGACUGAGCUGUUGGCACAGCAGCAACCGAUUCAUCUCUGUCUGCUUUUACAUCUCCUGGUCCUCCACCUCCUUCGGCCAUUCCUAAGAGCAGCAGAGGAGGACUCCUGUCACAUUUGGGAUUAGGGUUCUUCCCGACCUUUUGCCCUCUAGUUUCUAUUGUUUUUCAGAGGAUAGAGGUGUCUAUGAGCAAGUCGACUGCCCCAGCUAGUACUCUUCUCAUUGUUGAGUUCCUAGGAGCUAUAGGCUAUACAAUUACUGACCCUUUGCUAGAUACAGAAGGACAAUGCAAAUGUAUGAAAUAAUUUUAGUAUUUUAAUAACAAAGCUUCUAGUAUACUAAUAAUUUAAUAUUUUGACCACAUCUGUCUGUUACAUGGAUGAUUUGAAGAAAGUCAUAGAUAUCAGUAUUAGAAGAUUAUUAAUACUAAGAGUCUGAAGAGAGAUGAAAGACAAUAAAAGAAUGAAGAAGAGAAAGGUAGAAUCACAGGAAAGGUCAAAGACUGGGCUGGGUCAAGGGGAUCCUGCAAGAGAAGAAGCCACCUCAUUGAUCAGAAAAAGCAUGUAUAUAUACUUCCUCCCCUCAAAUGGACUGGAAGGGAAUUACAAGGACAGAAUAUUGUACAUGUCAGACAAGGUUUCCUUAUAAGAUAUUUUUAUUUGGUUGCUUUUCUUUGUCACAAGAGAGGAAAAUGACUACCGUGUUGAGACAAAAUACAACAAUAAUUUUAAGCCAAAUCAAAUAGCUAGAAAAUAAGUUAAAAGGAGAAAAAGCAUGUGACCAAGCUGACAUCCAGUGUAGUUGUAUUGUCUGGUCCUACUCAAGACUGUCAUGUUCCUGGCAGGACUUCAAAUGUUGUUUUAAAGGAAAUUUCCAUCAUCCCUUUCCAAUCUACUUAUUCAAUAAAUACUUAUUCACAAUCCCUAUGGGCAAAGCACUAGGAUAAUCACUGUUGGAGAUUUAAAAAGAGACAAUGUCCUUAAACCUGCAGAUCAUUGCCACAAUUUCCAUAAGGUGGUGGGGAUCAAAACCAGAUUUUAGGAUAUUAAGGAAUAUGGGUGAUGAGGAAGUACAAUCAGCUUUACCCCACUCCUUUGAAAAGUUCUCCAGUAAAUAGGAAAUAAAAGAAAAGAAUAAGCAUUAAGUGCAUACUAUAUGUCAAGCACGAGGCUAUUUUAGAAAUAUCUCAUUUGAUUCUCAUAAUCCUGGAGAGGUAGGAAUUAUAAUUAUACUCAUUUUACAAAUGAAAAUGAGACAAAAAUCCAUUGAGUUUUUUAAGCUGAACUUUGAGAUAUGAGGUCAAAUUUGAACUCAGUCACUUUUCACUCCAAGCCCACUACUCUAUCCAUUGUACCACAUAGUGACCUUUAAGUGAGAAACUAGAGAUUCAAGCAAGUGAACAUAAAGUUUUGGGUUUUGUUUUAAGAUGGGUAAAAGCCACAUGUGCUUGAAAACAAAAGAGGAGUUGUCAGUAACAGGGAAGAGUAAAGAUGUUUGGAAGAGACUAAAUAGUUGAAAGGAAAAGAUAGGAAAUAAUGAACUUAGGAGUAUAAAUACAACCUUAGAACUGAACAGGAAAUGUGAAGACAAAUGUUUCAAAGAGAUUAAAAACAGAAAGAAAGGUCCUAUCUAUAUCAAAAUAUUCCUAGCAAGACUUUCUAUGACAGCAAAAACCUGAAAACAAAGUAGAUUUCCAUAAUAAGGGAAUGUGAAACUAACUCUGGUAACGAAAUGAAUUUUACUUUGCCACAAAAAAAAAAUAAAUAUGAUUAAUUCAAAGAAGCAUUAAGAAGACAUUUCAAUGUAUGAACUUAUACAGGAUGAAAUAAACAACCAAAUGUAU